AACCUUAGAUAGCUGCUUCAGCUUCCUCACUCCAGCGCGUUUGUUGCACAAGAGCACCAUGGGGGUUCCCACCUUCUUCAGAUGGAUCUGUGUGAGAUAUCCAAAGGUCAUCCGGGACACCAUCGAGCGGGAGCCUGUGGAGAUGGAUGGUCGUAUGGUGCCAGUGGACUUGGACGAAGAUGCUCCAAAUGGUGAUUUCGACACCCUCUACUUGGACAUGAAUGGCAUCAUUCAUCCUUGUUGUCAUCCAGAAGAUGGCCCUGCACCAGUAGAUGAGGAGCACAUGUAUGAAAACAUUUUCCUUUAUUUGGACCGACUCAUCAGAAUAGUCAGGCCAAAACGACUUGUCUACAUGGCGAUCGACGGAGUGGCACCUCGUGCCAAGAUGAAUCAGCAGCGGGCUCGUCGCUUCAGGGCUGCACAGGAGCGAGAAGAGAUGGAACGCGAGCAAGAAAAACUUCGGCAAGACUGGGAGGCGGAAGGUCGUACCUUACCCAAUCGAACUUCAGGCAAAGUGUUUGACUCUAACGUCAUUACACCUGGAACCAACUUCUUGCACAAGAUGUCGGAGGCAAUCCGAUACUAUAUCCAUGAUCGUACAACGAAUGAUCCUCUUUGGCAAAAGCUAAAGUUUCGAGUCAUUCUUUCUGAUGCAAACGUUCCUAGUGAGGGUGAGCACAAGAUCAUGCAGUUCAUUCGAUUGCAGCGUUCACAGCCAGACUAUGAUCCAAACACCAGGCACUGUCUAUAUGGAGCUGAUGCAGACCUCAUAAUGCUUGGAUUGGCCACUCAUGAGGCGCACUUCUCUAUCCUUCGUGAGGUCAUUAUUCCAAAAUCAGAGAAGAAGUGCACUCUUUGCGGAGGCACAGGACAUGUGGCAUCUGAGUGCAACGGUGAGGGGGAUGAUGCUGAUGAUUUGGUGAUCCAGAAACCUUUUCAGAUUGUGUCUCUUCCCGUUUUGCGCCAGUACUUGUUACUCCAAUUCGGCGAACUUGAGGAGCGGAUGCCACCAACGUUGCCCUACAACUUUGAAAGGUGCGUAGAUGAUUUCGUAUUCAUGUGCUUCUUUGUGGGCAAUGACUUCUUGCCACACCUGCCAUCUCUCAGCAUCAGGGAUGGAAGUAUUGAUCAAAUGAUGUCGUUGUACGUGGAGAUCUUGCCUUCGCUGGAGGACUACCUUACCGACUGCGGGAGGACGAACCUUGUGCAAGUAGAGCAGUUCUUGGAAUAUCUGGGUGGCAUCGAGGAUCAGGUCUUCAAGCAUCGCUUGGAGCGAGAAUCCAAGAUGCGAGCAGAGAAGGAGGCAGAACGAGCGAAAGCUGCAGCAGAAGAGGCCAACUUUGCGCCAUCAGGUGCCGAGCAGAUGGGUGGCAGCCUGGCCUCCUUUGGAGGGCAGAACGAGACCUCAUUCACAGCUCCAAAAGAGGAGGCGUCUGACACCAGUGCAUGGCAUGCCCAGCUGCUGGCUCAAAGUUUUUCGAUGGACUUCGAGAAUCUAGACAGCCAAGAACCCCCAGCCAAACGUGUGAAGCAGGAAUCCACACUUGACCCACCUAAGCCGAAGGAAACAAAGGCAAAAUCUGGCAAAGUGGUGGAUCGCGAGUUUCAUCUGGCUUUGCGAGAGCGUCUGAACAACAGACAAGACUUGGGUGAAGCUAUGGCUGACACUGUGCGUCUUGGAGAGGGGCCACAUUGGAAGCAGCGAUACUACUUUGAGAAAUUCAAAGUUAAGCAGGAUGAUCUCGUCGACUUCUUGCAACGAAUUCGGAAAGCUUACGUGGAGGGUUUAUGUUGGGUUCUGGUCUACUACUACCAGGGGUGCCCUUCAUGGACGUGGUUCUAUCCGUACCACUAUGCGCCCUUUGCGUCAGAUUUGAUUGGCUGCGGGAACCUCAAAUGUGGCGAGAUCAAUUACUUCCAGCCAGGACAACCCUUCCAACCUUUCCAGCAGCUCAUGAGUGUAUUGCCUCCUGUCAGUGCAGAAGAGGCUGGCAUUCCUGCAGCAAUGCGGGAGCUCAUGAAGCAAAGCUUUUCCCCGCUAAUUGAUUUCUACCCGGUUGAUUUUGGCUUGGACUUGAACGGCAAACGCUACACUUGGCAGGCUGUUGUUCUUUUGCCAUUCAUCGACGAGCCACGGCUUUUGCGCAUCUUGGCGCCUUUGCUGGCCAGACUCAAGCUUCAUGAGAAGAUGCGAAAUCGACACGGAGAGAUGCUGGUGUUCGGACACAAGCAGGACAAAGCACUUUUCCAUGCAGUCCAGCUGGCACAGGCUGCCUAUGAGGCGGGCCAUGCAGGGCUGAAGCAGACUGUACGAGACAGUCACCUCUUUGGCUUCCUGGAGGGCUGGCAGGGCGGCGGGGCAAACCGUGAGGUGGCCUCCCCGAUUGAGGGUCUUCCGGACGUCGAAGAGUCGCAUUGCAUUUCAGCUCAGUAUACAGACCCAGAACUACUUCCACACACCUCAGAGCUUCUGCCUGGAAUUUCUGAGCAGCCAGUGGAACAAACUGAGCGAGUAUAUAUAAUAUAUCACGAAAGCCAGCCGAUAGGUUGUUAAUGCUGCUGAUAUGGAUGAUGGAUCUCGCUUCAAGGGCUUCGGGGGCGACGCUGCCCGGAAGCUCAUCAUGCAAGCGCUUGGAAAAGAUGGUCGCAGGAAGAGAUACUCAUACCAAGAGACCUUGGAGGGGCAGUAGUUUGCCCAUAUGCCAAAACCCUUUUGGUGCAAGAGUUCACAGGUGUGAUUGGAUGUUGUCAAGAGAGUCCUACCUGUCACCCAAAGUCUUUCAAUGCUUUGUCUUGGGCAAUUUCCGCCUGUUCAAAAGCAAGCCAAUGCACCUACCUGGGCUUAGCUUGAUGUGGUCACAGAACGAACGCAGCUUCGUUCUUGCAGCCAGUUGAACCAAGUGCGAA